AUGGGAAACGCCCUGGGAGGAGCUACAACAGUCAAAAUUAUGAAAGAAACCGGCGAAACGCUGAAACUGAGCAUGCCGGUGCGUGCCGGAGACGUCGUCAAGGACUACCCAGGUUACGUGUUGCUAGAGUCGCAGUCGGUGAAGAGUCUUGGGAUCAAAUCGAGACCACUGGAACCGCACCAAGAACUGGAGCACGAGCGGUUGUAUUUCCUGGUGGAGUUACCCAAAGAGGCGGUAAACGAUGAUGAAGCCGGCAGAGGUUUCCAGCUUGGAAACAAGCCGAGUGCGAAAGAUCGGCUCGAUGGCGUUGUGCUAGCUCGGCGACUGGUGUCUGAUCCUUCUACCAUGAGUAGGGCCACCAUUUUGUCGAAAGAAGGAAAUGGGCAUGGUGGGUUGAGGUUGAAGUUGAGACUUCCAAAAGCUGAAGUGGAGAAGCUGAUCAAAGAAAGCAAAGACGACGCUGAGGUCACCGACAAGAUAAUGGAGCUUUAUGUUGCAUUAGCGAGUGCUAAUGACACUAAUGAAGGACUAGUAGGACGCAGAGUAAUUGCCAUGGACGGGUCGAAGGAUGUUAUGUAG